GCCCAAACCCAGCUCCCGCCACACGCGCACGCACGCACGCACGCAGCCAUGCCGACCCAGCGGACCCCGCCCGCGCCGGCUCCCUUCGGCGGCGUCACGUCCAGCCGCCACGCCAAGCUCCUGCUCCACCUCGCCGAAACCGGCGGCGGCGGCGCCGCAGCCGGCGGCGCCGUCAAGGACCUCCGCCUCCGCCGCGUCGUCCUUCCUGCGUCCGCGCCGCUCUACUCCUCACCCGACUGCUGCGCCGCCGCCAAGCCCGUCGGACCCGUCCAGAUCCAGAGCACGCCCCCGCCGGAGGAGGCUGCGUCGGCGGCGGCCCAAGACCGCGACAGGAAGCCUAUGCUGCCGCGGUCCAAGCUCGUGCGCGAUCCGGGCUCCUUCGGCUACCGCCGCCUGCUCCCGUUCCUCAACCAGAUGGCCAAGAACGGUUCAGAUAACUCAAACGGCAAGGACAUGCCUCUAGAGAACAAGGUUUCCAUCUCGAACAAGGAGGCAGACAGAUCGAACUCGGGGUUGGUUGAUGAGUCUGUGGGUGGGAGUCGAGAUGGAGCUGUUCCUAUGGAUUCUGUAGAGCCGCUUGUUGUGAAGGCUGGGGGAGACCGUGAGAUGAAGGAUUGCUCUGACAGUGUUAAAGAAGAAACCAAGAUUGUCUCUGGUGAUAUCGCAAGCAGCUGCAAGCCGAACCGUUGCACGAGGUCAAAGUUUGUUCAUCAUCCGAGCUCAUUUAGUUACAAGAGGAUGCUGCCGUUUCUCAUGGAGAAUGAAAUCUCUUCUCAGGAUGGAGACAGGGCCAAGUUUCAAAGAAUCUCGGAAGAAUGCAAUAAAGCUCAGGUCGAAAGAAAAGUUGAAGAAAUAACAUCAAUAUCAGAGGGGAAUGAUGUCCUUAAUGGUGGGCAGCUUCAGUCUGCUGUUGCAGAAGUCUCUCUGGAUGACAGCACAGCUCAAGUGCCAAAAGUCACACCGGAAGAAGUGAUAGCAUCAGACGGAGACCCAUUAUCUUCAGACACCGGUGAAUUAACAUCAGAUGGGGCACCAGCCAGUGGACUUGCUGUCUCAGAAGACUGUCCUGGGGAAAGCAAUGCAGCUGAAAUUGAAGGAACAAUAGAAGAAAAGUCAUCAAAGUCAGAUAAGAAUUCUGUAGAGCCGCUUGUUGUGAAGGCUAGAGGAGAGCAGGAGAUGAAGGAUUGCUCUGACAGUGUGACAGAAGAAACCAAGAUUGUUCCUAAUGAUCUCGGCAGCAGCAAGCUGUGUUUUCCACGUUGUACGAGGUCAAAGUUUGUUCAUCAUCCAGGCUCAUUUAGCUACAAGAGGAUGCUGCCAUUUCUUAUGGAGAAUGAAAUCUCUCCUCGGGAUGGAGAGGCGGCCAACUUUCAAAGAGUCUCAGAAGAGAAACAAUUAACACGAGAUGAGGACUAUGUCUUGGCCAGUGGACAUAGUCAUCUUGCCAUCUCAAAAGACUCUCCUAAAGAAUGCAGUGGGGCUCAAGUCGAAAGAAAAGUAGAAGUAAAAUCAGUAUCAGAGGGAAGUGAUGUUCUUAAUGGUGGGCAGCUUCAUUCUGCUGUUACAGAAGUCUCUCUUGAUGUCAGCACAGCUCAAGUGCAGAAAAUCACACAAGAAGCGAUAUCUUCAGAAAGAGGCCCAUUAUCUUCAGACAAGGGUGAACUAACUUCAGACGGGAAUGAUGUCCUUGCCAGUGGACUUGCUGUCUCAGAAGACUGUCCUGAGGAAAGCAAUGUAGAUCAAGUUGAAAGAAUAGUAGAAGGGAAAGCAACAAUGCCAGAUGAGAAUUCUAUUGCUGCCUCGGAAGACUGUCCUGAAGAAUGCAUUGCAGCUGAAGUUGAAAGAACGGUAGAAGAAAAGGUAACAAAAUCAGAUGAGUAUUCUGCUCUUCAGUCUGCUGUUUCUGAAGUAUCUCCUCAUGAAGGUGAUUUGGCUGAAAUGACAAAGGCCACACAUAAACAGGCAUUAAUUUCCGAGGGAGAUGAGGCAAGCAGAUUAACUUCAGACAAAGCUGAGUUUCUGGUGAAAGAGCAGCCUCAGGUAUGUGACACAGAGGGAUUGUUAAAUGACAACGUCGAACUUACUGAAGUACAUAAAUGCCAAAGCUCAGAGUCAGGAUGGUCUGAUGUCUGUUCUGGUAGCCCUACCAAGACAGUAAUGGUGAACGGCAGCGCUGAUCAACAUGGUGCGCUAGAGGGACAGGAUUCUGUGGCUUCUCUUGGCCUACUGCUUGAUGUCAGAACGAUCUGCAAGCUUUCUCGUCCUUGUGCUACCGGCACACCCUUACCAGUGGAGGAAAUGUCUGGUUCAGGAAGGAAAGUGGGCACACCGCAGCCAUGUGGUGUUCCUUGUUUGGAAAAACAAGGCCUUUCUCCUAAGGGACUUUCUCCUCUGAAUGGUGAUCUCAAUGGUGUCCCUUGUUUGGAAAAACGAGGCAUUUCUCCUACGAAACUUUCUCCAAAGAAAGGAAUACUUAAGAGGCAUACAAGGGGAUGCAAGGGCAUCUGCAUGUGCUUGGACUGCAGCAUGUUUCGUUUACGUGCUGAUCGAGCUUUUGAGUUCUCAAGGAAGCAGAUGCAAGAGGCGGAUGAUAUAAUAGGAAACUUAUUGAAGGAGGUGGCAAGUCUUAGGAGUCUGGCGGAGAAAUCUUCUGGCCAUCAGGGGCAGAUGGAAGCAGCUUGCCAGCGGGCUUUGCGGGUAGAGGAGGUGGCGAGAGAGCGUCGGCGUCAGAUGUUGAUGGAGCUCAACUCACACUGCAAAAUUCCUGGACCAAGGGUGAAAUUCACGCAAUACGUUGAAGAAAAGAUGGGCCAGUCUCCUCGCUGUGGCAACCGGAGGUAACUUAUGAAGAUGUCGGUGGUUGACAAAUUGCCCAUUGACUCAGUAUCUUCAAAAUGCAAUCCAAUGGUUGAUCAAGUUAUGUAGAGAAGGUUCUUGGUUUCACUAAAGGAGGGAAGGAAGGCUGGUUGGGAUGUUAGCAUGUAAAUCAAAGUUUUUUGGAGUGAAAAAUGUCAAUCUGCACUGGAAUCAUUUUUGUUGUUGUUGAGCUAGCAGUUACUGAAAUCUUGUCAAUCAGUAUUGAUUUGGCCAUUCCCAUAAAAAAA